AGGAUGAGGUCACGAUAGGUAUUACAAGAGGGGGGCAUCUGGUAAAGAAGAGCAAUGGCAAGAUGUACUCAGAACACUUACCAUUGACACAAAGACAAAUAUGCUAUAUGCACUGGACACCAAAGGAAAUCAGUAUACAGAUUUCUGUCCAUUUAUAUAGAGGCCUCCACAUCACCUUGCCUACAGUCGGUAUAACCUAAGGAUUCUACAUGUGUGUACAGAAGAAAUCUCCCUGACUGAAAGAAAUCAACAUGGGAUUCUGAAACCACAGGAAAAGACGAGUAAGAAAUAUACACUGUCAGUCAUGUAUAGAUUGGUGUUACAGAACUCUGUUACAGUGUCUGGGGUUAGGGAGUGUCUUCACAUUACCCACGUGACAUCAGACCGGGUCUGGAUCAGUGAUAACCAAGGCAAUCUCAUCUUAACUAACACGAGAGGUGACAUUCUAGAUAGUGUGACGGAUUUACCUAAAUAUUUUUAUGGAGUACAUACAGUGACUCAAAAUGGUGAUGUGAUUUAUACAGACAGUGACGGUAACAUCAUAAAACGAUCUACAGAUAAAGUAAAGACCACCGUGAUACCAGACACAUCAACAUGGGAACCACUGUGUGUCUACAGCUCCCCCUCCACUGGAGACCUGCUGGUCGGGAUGUAUAAUACUGAUACAGAUACAGGCCAGGUAAACCGUUACACUAACACAGGAGAACACAUACAGACCAUACAGCACGGCAACGCAGGUCAGAGACUGUAUUGCUGGCCUAUCUACAUCACAGAGAACCGCAAUGGAGAUGUUAUUGUGUCUGACUGGGGCCAUGAUGCUGUAGUGGUGACAGACAGUAGAGGAAGACAUCGGUUCACCUACACAGGUCCUCCAUCAGGAUCACGACUACAUCCAUGUGGAAUCUGUACUGACGCGCUGUCACACAUCCUGCUGUGUGAUAAUAACACCCACACAGUACAUAUCAUUGACCAGGAUGGUCUCUUUCUGACACAGAUAGAGACCAAACAACACGGGAUAGACAGACCAUGGGGCCUGAGUUAUGAUUGUGAUACACGGCUUCUCUGGGUUGGAUCAUUGAACAACAACACAGUAAACACUUACAGACUUAUCAAUGAAGGGGACGAUCUGACUGGUGCAAGCAAUGAUGAUUUAGAUAAGCCUAAUAUGGAUGAGUUGAAGAAGUUUCUGAGGAAGGAGAAGACAACUGUCACCCAUGCCAGAGGAAUACUUGUUGGAUGUGCUGAGGCUGGAAAAACAACGCUACUGAAGCGAUUAAGAGGGCAAAAUCAAAAUAUCGGUGAAAUCACAGAGUCCACAAGGGGACUGGAAGUCCAUCAACAUGUCUUUAUUGUUAAAGAUGGAAUUCUGGAAGUUGCUGAUGAUGACUCUACAUUAAGGACAUUCAUAAAAAUACACUCUGCAGAUUUGAAACCAGACACGAGCAGUGCAAGUGACAGUUCUGAUUCAAAUGAAAAUAAAGACAAUUUGGAACAGAAAAAUAUAAAUAAAGGCACGGAAGUAAUUUAUAGCCAAGAAGAAAAGAAAGAAGAGAAAGUAGAGUUUUCUAGCCCACCAACCAAACGCAGAAAAGAAGAUAAUUCAGUAGAUAUAAUGGCCAGUGCUCUGUCCUCAAAAGCUACAGCCAAGGUGAAAGAGAAAAUUUUUCAGAAAAUCUUGUCUGAUAAAGAAAAAUUACCAACUGUUAGCAUGCUGGAUUUUGCUGGUCAGUUAGCGUAUUAUGCCUGUCACCAAAUUUACGUAACACCAAAGGCCUUCUUUAUCCUUGUGUUGGACAUGACUAAGAAGUUUGAGGAUGUUGUUGAUAGGGAGAAAGAUAAUCAAGAAGGAUCAAUCUUCUCAGUGUGGACUUACAAAGAUUAUCUGAAGUUUUGGAUAACCUCAAUCAAGACAUUUGGAGGCAAAAAGUCACCUUUGCUUCUUGUUGUUACACAUACAGAAAGAAAAUCUAGAGAUGAAAUAGAGAAGUAUUUGGGGGAGUUUUGGAAAGCUGUACCAGACGAGGACAGAGAUUGGUUAAGCGAGUCUCUGAAUGAUCGGGAAUACUCUGUGGGUCUAUUGGAACUUAAUGAGAAAACAACGGAAACGCUGGAAUCAAUUAAAAAGUCUGUAGUCCAACUAUUUGCCGAUGAGGUCAAUACAAAAAUUGAAAUGCCUUCUUCGUGGGCUCUAAUGGAACAAUUAUUAUAUGAAGGAGGGUGGAAGGUUUUGUCCCUUGAUGAAAUAAGAAGGCUCAACUCAUCCCUUCCUGAAGAAUACCAAAUUAAAAGUGAUGAGGAAAUGUCUAAGUUUUUGAAGUGCUUCCAUGAUAAUGGACUUCUUUUGUAUUUUAAAGAAGGGAAAUUAAGGGAACAUGCAAUACUGGACAUUCAGUGGUUUGCUAAUGCAUUCAGCAAGAUAAUCGCUGAUGAAAACCACAUCAAUAAAGAUUGUAAAAGGAGAUUAAUCAAAGAAUGGAAAUCAUUCAACAAAACGGGGGAACUCAAAGACAAAGUGGUAGAUGCACUGUGGAAAGAUGAACCUUCAUACCUGGAACACAAAAAUGAAAUUAUGUCUUACAUGGAGAAGCUUCAAAUGCUUGUAUCUUUGGAGACUUUCGGUAACAUGUCAUGGUAUGUCCCAAGUAUGAACAAAAAACAGUUUAAAGCUGACUUUUGCGAGGAAAUGUGGGAAUGCUCAUCCAUUUUGUGCUUCCGAUUCACUUCCUUUGCUAUGUUUGUGUUCUACAGACUGGUAGCAUUUUGCAUAAGUUCUCUUGGAUGGAGUGUUGCUAAAGACGAUGAUAAUGAAGGAGAUUUAUGUCUUUAUCAAACAGCGGCAGUGUUUGAUCACAAAGAACACACUGUUGUUGUAGGCAUAUGUAACGAUGAUAUUCAGUUGCAAGUGCUACGUCACAGCCGUUUAGCGGUAGACAAAGGCGUAUCAAAUGAAAUUGGAGACUGCAUUGAACAGGCCUUAGGAAAAUUGACGGAAACAUUUCUUGUGGAAAAAAUAUUCCAUAGAGGAUUCAAAUGUCAAAACAUUAUUUGUAAUGAGAAAGAUAUAUCGUUUACCCUUGCAAGUGAGCUCUCCAAAAUUAAGGCUGAAGAAACACAAUGCAAGUGUCGAAUUCAAGAGAAACAUGUGAUAAAUGUACAAAGGACUCUUAUUUUCUGGGAAAAGAAAGAGGCGAAAAAUUCCAGCACUGGAAAACUUCUGGCAGACCGAUCUAGAUUCGCAAAACUCGGAAUGGCAACAAACGACGUGUUAAAUCAAGCAUAUCGAGAUGUGCUUGAGUGGGAAAUACACCCUACCCUUCUUUACAACAAAGUAAAGACAUCAUCAAUUUAUAAAACAUUACGCUCAGAUCAAGAAGAUCUCUUGAAAAGAGCUAUAAACUCUGGAUAUAUGAAUUUUGAUAUUUCAUUAAUCUAUAUGUUGAUCAGAAACGUUUGUUCAAAGAUCCCUAAGCCAACAAAAGGAAAAUGGGGAGGAAACAGUAUGCCUACAGCAGGAGAGAUAAGGGUGGGUGAUGAUGUGGAGCGAAUCAGGAUAAUCCGAAACUCUCUGACUGCACACGUGAGCUCAGCCUCCACCCCGCAGACAGAAUUCGAUGACACCUGGUUAACGAUGUUGGAUAUCUGCAGAAGACUGGAAACCUUCACUGGAAAGAAGUACUUAGAUGAUCUUAAUAUCAUUCAAAAAUUGACUUUAAAGGAGGAAGAGGAAGAUGCUAUUAUAGAAAAAGUUAAAAUGGAAAGUCAGUAUGAAAUGAUUAAGGCGGUGAUGUCAGAUGUACAAGAAAUUAAAAAGACAAUAUCAAAGCCUGAAACAAAAGAUGCUUCGAAUUAAGUGGAUGUCGAGAAGAUACUUUACCAGUGAUGAAAAAAAUAGCCAAGGAUGCAUCGAUCGAGUUUAAAGGAGGGACAGAAGGACCUAGACGUAGGCAAGGUUGUGGCCAUUACACCAAUUCGCCAAAAAGAUGUUGUGGAUGGAGAGCCAUGGUUGGCCUUGACAAAUGAAGUUGCUAAAGCAAAGAUUAAAAUGUCAUGGCUGCAGAGGAGCUACAUCACCAGUUGGAUACCCAAUCCAGACUUUGAAGGGUGUGCUCCAGAUAGCAUCCCUAGGAAUAGGGUGGCAUGUAGUUUUAAGUUUAGAAUUUCUUAUGUCUUAAUUUUUAAAUACACUGUAUUUUCUUUAGCUUAUCUCUAAAGAAAAUAUUUAAAAAUUAAGACAUAAGAAAUUCUAUGUCAAUAUGCUUCUAAUAAGUAGUGACAAUAGUAUUGGGACCAUCAGUAUUGGUCUCCGCUACCAUUAGAACUACAUAGUUUCAUUUUUGCCAGUGCAAUCUGCAGUGUGUUUUAUUAACUUGUAUUUUGUAAUCUUACAUUUCUUGCGCUAACUGAAAUAACAAUACCCUUUGCUCAUAGCUUUAAGAACCAACAAUGACUUAUUACAAACAAAUACUGGAUUGACAUCCAUGUGAAGUUUUUAAAGUCAAUCUUAUAAAUGAAUUGUACUUUGUAUAUGUUAUGCAAAGAAAUGAAAUUUGAUGAAUGACACAUUUAAUGUCAAAAUGUCAUAUUUAUUUUUUGUUAUUUAUGUUUAUCCAUUAACAUGAUUCAUGCAUUUGAAAUUGGGAGAGGAACAGUCCUCGCAAGAUUUUUUGUUAAAGAUUCAUGUAUAUAAUGAGUUCACUUGUAAUUGGGAGAGGAACGUAUGUUCCUCGCAGGUUUUUGUUAAAGAUUCAUGUAUAUAUUGAGUUUACUUGAAAUUGGGAGAGGAACGUUCUUUGCAAGAUGUUUUUGUUCAAGAUUCAUGUAUAUAUUGCAUGUAUUGAGUUCACUUGAAAUUGGGAGAGGAUGUUCCUUGCAAAUUUUUUGUUAAAGAUUCUUGUAUAUAUUGAGUUCAUUUGAAAUUGAGAGAGGAACGUUCCUCAAGGUUUUUUUCAUGCUAAAGAUUCAGGUACAUGUAGAGUUCAUUUGGAACUGGGAGAAGAAUGUUCCUCACAAUUUAAAGAAUAAAGGAUCGCAAAGUUUGAAUUUUUCGGGUUUUUCUAUUGCAAAAAAAGACUG